UCGCAAAUCGUAGAAUUCCUUCUUCUGGAAAUUUCAGAAGACCCCAGACUGCAGCCCCUCCUCUACGGGCUCUUCCUGUCCAUGUACCUGCUCACCGUGCUCGGCAAUCUGCUCGUCAUCCUGGCAGCCACCUCCGACCCCCGUCUGCACACGCCCAUGUGCUUCUUCCUCUCCAACCUGUCCCUGGUGGACGUCGGCUUCACCUCCACCACCAUCCCCAAGAUGCUGCUCAGCCUCCACACGCACAGCCGGGCUGUCAGCUACGCAGGCUGCGUCAUCCAAAUUUACUUCUUUACAUUAUUCAUAGGGUUAGAUGACUUCCUGCUGGCGGUGAUGGCCUACGACCGUUUCGGGGCCAUCUGUCACCCGCUGCGCUACGCGAUCAUCAUGAGCCCCCGGCUCUGUGUGCUGCUGGUGCUGGGCUCCUGGGUCACGAGCGCCCUGAACUCCUUGUUACAAAGCCUCCUGGUGCAGCAGCUGUCCUUCUGCGAGGCUCUGGAAAUCCCACACUUCUUCUGUGAACCUAACCAGCUGGCCCACGUGUCCUGUUCUGACACUUCUCUGAACCGAAUAGCGCUGUACUGUGCCGCUGGGCUGCUGGGUGGGAGUGCCCUGGUUGGUAUUCUUUAUUCCCAUUAUAAAAUCGUCUCCUCCAUCCGGGCCAUGUCCACGGCCCAGGGGAGGUACAAGGCCUUCUCCACCUGCGCGUCUCACCUGUCCGUGGUCUCCUUGUCUUAUGGCACGCUCCUGGGUGUGUACUUCAGUUCUGAGGUGAUCCAAAACCCGCACUCGAGUACCACGGCCUCGGUGAUGUACACAGUGGUCACCCCCAUGCUGAACCCCUUCAUCUACAGCCUGAGGAACAAGGACCUCAAGAGGGCUCUGGCAAUGUUCCUUGAGAAGGAAACGAGGCAGGUGCUCACGGUCCUGGAUGUGAGAAAGGGCAUCUGA